AUGCAAAAACUCCCUAAUAAUAUCCAACACGAAGGUUUUAAUUAUAAAAUUAAUGGCGGAGAAAAAAAAGGCAUUCGGUACAUGGUAUGCUGUCAGAAAUAUUGUAAAGGUUCGGCAAAACGAUUAGUUGAUGGUACUAUAGUGAAUAAUGCAACUCACUCACAUUAUCCAAAUAAUUUGGAAAACGAACUCAUGGAUUUAAAAAAAAAAUUUAGAUUAAUUCUGAUUCAAAGAGCAGUAAAUGAAACUACAAGUCUCCGUGAUAUUUAUGAUGAAGAAUCUAUAAGACAUAUGAGAGCUGCAGUUCAAUAUUGUUGGCCUGUAGCUGAGAUGUCGAUGCGCCACGCUCGUAGGAAAAAUGUGCCAGUUUUGCCUCCUACGAUGCAAGCACUUGCAGAAAUGUUAGAGUCUAACGUAGAUCGAUAUAUUUGUUGUGGUCAUUCCUUUUAUCAAGACCAUACAAUUGAUGAUGAUGGAAAGACAUCAAUUAUAUUUGGAUGUUUAGACCUGAUUCAGGAAGUUGUACGACAGGGUGGUUCUGAGCUCCAUGCAGAUGCCACUUUCAAAAUAGUACCUUCGGCACCUAAGUGUCGUCAACUAUUUGUUAUGCACUUUAUUAUUCAAAACCAUAGUAUUCCAGUUAUAUAUGUACUUAUGGAGUCAAAAACUGAACUAGCUUAUACUCUUGUUCUGAGGAAAUGUAAGGCCAUGUUUCCGGCUAUUCAACCACAAUUUAUCAUGACCGAUUAUGAAAUCGCCUUAAAAAACGCAUUCAGCAUUAUUUAUCCUGAGAGUGUUCAACAUGCUUGUUGGUUUCACUAUGUACAGUGCCUUGUCAAGAAUCUAAAAAGUAAUGGGUUUUCAAAUUACGUUAAAAAUAACCAAGAAGCCCAGAUUUGUAUCAAAAUGACGUCUGCAUUAGCAUUGUUGCCUCCUAAUUUAAUUGAUGAAGGUUACCAGUCAAUUCGUAGGUAUGCAAGGGAUAAUAAUGUAAAUCUCGUGUCCUUUUUCACAUAUUUUUCCAAUUAUUGGUUACGUACAAGGAAACCAGAAGUUUUUUCAGUGUACGGUGUUCCUCGAAGAACAAAUAAUAAUGUGGAGUCUUUUCACAGUGGACUGAAAGAAAAAUUCCAAAGUCUUCACCCAAAUUUAUGGACAUUUUUAGAUCACUUGAAACGCCUAAGUUUGAAAAACCAUGUAAUUGUUAAACAGUUGGCAAGAGGUGAACGAGUAUCACGUCUAGUAAAAAUAAAGUACUUAUUAAAUUCUGUACGCAUUCAAACAGCAACGACGCAGUUGGAGCUUGGAGUUAUAAAUGUCAAAGAAUUUUUACUCCAAUCUUCACAUUGUGCUGAACGUUACUUAAGAGAAGAAAUCAAUUGGCACAUUAACAUUGAACAAGAUCAAAACGAACCUCAAAACAUAAUCCAGGACGUUGAGAACGAGAACAAUAGUGAUUCUGAUGGUGAAGUUUCUGUUAUUUUAAGAGAGGGUCGACAAUUGUUUGAUGUCAGUGGUUCUGAUGAAUCCAUUCUGCCCGAUGAAGAUAACGAGGAAGAUUACUUCCCCCUAGAAGAUAGGGAUCCAGACAUAGUUGCUAUGUUGGAACUUGAUGCCAGGCAUCGCCAAUUAGAAAUUGAAGCUAUUCCGUACGUUCAAGUUCCAGCUGUUCUCCCUUCUUUGGAGAAUCAAGACCAAAUGUGCAUUGUUUGUAUGGAAGCAGAAAAAACACACGCUCUAAUACCAUGCGGUCAUAGAAUAUUAUGCCAAGAUUGUGUAGUUAAUCUAGACCCUGUACGUUGUCCAUUCUGUAAUGAAUACUUUACUGGCUCUAUAAGAAUUUGGUAA